GCCCGUGUCCCGCCCCACAAUGGCGCCCGCCGCCCGGAAGUGGCCCUGGGGCAGCUUCCUCUAGCGACCGUUCGCAAUGGCGGCGACGCGGCUGGAGCUGAACCUGAUGCGGCUCCUGAGCCGGUGCGAGGCGCUGGCGGCGGAGCAGCGGGACCCCGAGGAGUGGCGGCUGGAGAAGUAUGUGGCUGCUCUUGAAGACAUGCUCCGGGAGCUGAAGAAGCAGGCCAGCAAGCCAGCCCCAGAACUGCUGAACGAAUACUCUCGCAAAGUGGACUUCCUGAAGGGACUUUUAGAAGCUGAAAAAUUGCCUUCCUCAACUGAAAAGGCUUUGGCAAAUCAGUUCCUGGCCCCUGGACGCACCCCUACAACAACUAAAGAGAGAACCCCAGCUACCAAAACAGUUCAUCUGCAAACAAAGGCUCGUUGCACAGGCAAAAUGAGGAGCGAGCUGCUUGGUACAGACCCCUUGGCUAUAGAUGAUUCUGAGGAGUUAAACAUCAGGAAGCGGAAAGGCCUUGUAUCUGAUGAGAAGCAGUCAGCAGUGGAGCUGGAUGCUAUGUUGCAGCAUCAUCAGGACAUGCAGGAGAAAUUAGCUGAAGAAAUGCUGAGUUUGGCUCGCAGUCUCAAAAACAACACUCUGGCUGCACAGAAUGUGAUAAAACAAGAUAACCAGACACUAUCCCAUUCUCUCAGGAUGGCAGACCAGAACUUUGAGAAGCUGAAGGAUGAAUCUGACCGCCUGGAACAGCAUGCAAAGAAAUCGGUCAACUGGCUCUUAUGGAUAAUGUUAAUUGUAGUUUGCUUUAUUUUCAUCAGCAUGAUUCUCUUCAUUAGGAUUUUCCCCAAACUGAAAUGACUGUUACUUUUUCACUUAAAACUACCAGAAGUGCAGUUGGAAAGCUUAGUUUAUAUGGUAACUGUCAGCAGGCAAUGUCUUUGCCACCUACCCUGUCCUCAGAGAGGCUGUCCAUGGCCUACCCUUGCAUCUCUUUCUUGUGCAAUGACUGGAUUCGGUGAAGGGUUUUGUGGGGAGGGCUUUCUACCCUUGGAUACUUGGUUAUUUUUUGUUACCUAGUGAAUAUUGUUGCCUCUUGGGGGGAGAACUGGGUUAAAGACGGCAAUUUACGCUGAGCUGUUAAUGAGUUCUUGAGUGGAUGGAUACAAUCCUGCUUUUAAUGUGGCUGUAGCAAACGCUUCAGCUCCUAAAAGGCAUUUAUUUAGUCAAAUAUAAGGAACAGCUGAAGUCUUAGAAUUUUUCCUGUCUUUACAGCUUUCUGUACUGAACUAGGACAUUGCUGCCAACAGGAUAUUUAACCACAGAAUUCAUCCAUUACACAACUGUAGGGGGUAGAAAGAGAACGCUGCCACUGAGCUGUGUUCCUGGCUCAGAUUUAGAGUAUCAAUAGGUAACACAAAUUCUCAGGCUCAUCUUUUUCCCAGAUGGGUAUUUGGGACUUUGGACUUUACAGUCGUCUUCAGUUUAAACUUAAUAUAGAAGGGCUGAAGUUGCUUGCUGUUGCAAUCUUUGCUUGCCUUUUUGUUUGCGCAAAUGUUCUCACUUCUUGUAGUCUGUUAUGUUGAUGCUGUUGCAUCAAGGAAACACUGACCAAGAGCGGGCACUGGAGAGGCUGGGCACAGAUGGAGUUUUAGGUGGGAAAGUGAGGAGCAAGAGCAAUGCUGGUGGCACCAUUGCGGAGCUCACUGUGUGCAGAAGAUUCCCAGCAGCAGCUUUCAGUCCUGGCUCUUUGGCUGUGGGAGCAGGGCCCGGACAUGGUGCGCCAUCCCCCGGGACGCUCUAGAGCGGCGGUUGAGAAGUUUAAAUGUGACAUUAGCCGUAUCUAUCCACUGUCACCCUCACUGCCUGCCCGUAACCACAUGGCUAACUGUAAUCUACAGGGAAGCAGAUCUGUAAGUUUGUCUGCUGCUGCUGACUCCUUCCCAAUUCCCAACUUACUCUGCUUUGACAAAGACAUGAAGUGGUAAUGAGAAAGACAAGUUCAAAAAGACAGUCAAGUUAGCAACUGCCUCUUGUCAGAUACUGGGUGUAAUUAAUUGCAUGUUCUUCCCUGAACUAUCCGUGCAGUCCUCAACAUCUGAGGAAUUGCAGUUUCUACUGAAGACAGCCUCCUGCUUCCUUCGUAAACAGGAUCUAUUUCAGGAGUAGAUGAACUAAUCCCACGGCUAUCGCGUGUCCUGGUCUUGAAUUAUAAUGAGUUUGGGAUCCUUAGGCUUGAGAAUUACAAGUUGGUAGGACGAGGAGAUCCUGAGAGAGUCAUGACUCAGAGCAACUUGCAUCUUGACUAUUUUCCACACUGUAACUGAGGUAAAGUUUGGUGGUGGGAAGAUGGACUAGGCUAGGUUGGACGGGGCUUGGAGCAACCUGCUCUAGUGGAAGGUGUCCCUGCCCCUGGCAGGGGUUGGAACUAGGUGAGCUUUAAGGUCCCUUCACCCCAAGCCAUUCUGUGAUUCUAUAACUAGUAAGGCUGCAGUCCGCAGACGGAUGAGUCCAGCGCAGUGUGCCACGCCAGGCAGGAGCGUGCUGCUUUCAUUGAUGUUUGCAGUUUGAUCAGAGCAAGCCAGGCUGGGCGUGCAGGGACUUUGGUUUUCCACACGAGGGUGCUGUCCUCAUUGGCAAAGGCCACACUUGAUGUUUUCCAGGGGAGCACAUCCUAACCCAGCAUCGCAGCAGAGAUACCGGAAUCACACUGACCAUGGGGCCCGAUCUUUAUUAGGACUUGUUGAACAGGAUUGCAGAGAGUGACUCUCUCAUCGUCUGUAACUAGAGGACUUGUUCGACAUUGAGGACAAUAUCAUCCCGCUCACAGUGGGCAGCUGGUGGGUAAAAGAUUACAUUUUAAAAAACCCACUGGUUUUCCUACUCAUAAAUAUAUUGAAAUAUAAAUACAAACCCAUUGGGGGUUCAGCAGCCCGUGUUCUAAAAUAAGUGAUGUUUUUUUAAGUACCUAAAAUCCUAAUUAUUUCAUGGAACAACUUAAAGCCUGAUGUUUAAGGAACUGCGUCCAUCUUUGGUUCAGAUCCUUUUGGAUGUCUUGGUACAUAUGCAAAAAACCUUAUCUUUUAUGGCUGUGGGAGUGAGGGGCAGUGUUCAGCACUCAUAGUUCAAAAUUGAUGAUUUAUACAACUCAUAGGACACGCAUGGUUCAGGGCUCUUCACCAAGGCUUUGUAUUUUGAGGUGCUUUGAUGGGUGGAGCUUUACAGGCUUGUGCCAUAGAGACAGUAUGGGGUCCUGCUCCAGUUUGUGGGGAAUGGUCACCCUUGGUGAAGCUGUUCCUGCUGUGCUCUCAGUAACUACACCCAUAUCUUGAUAGUAACUCAAUAGAAAGGUUGGACCAGAUGAUCCUUGAGGUCCCUUCCAACCUGCUAGUCUAUGAUUCUGUGCUUUGAUGCUGCAGGGCAGCGUGCUGGGGACUCUCUAAAGGGGGCAUACAAGAAAUCUGGAGGGAGAUUUCUUUAAAUUGCCUGUAGGGACAGGACAAGGGGAAUGGCUUUAACCUGCCAGAGGGGAGACUGAGAUGAGCUCUGAGGCAGAAGCUCUUCCCUGUGAGGGUGCUGAGGCGCUGGCACAGGGUGCCCAGAGAAGCUGUGGCUGCCCCAUCCCUGGCAGUGUUCAAGGCCAGGUUGGACACAGGGGCUUGGAGCAACCUGCUCUAGUGGAAGGUGUCCCUGCCCGUGGCAGGGGGUUGGAACUGGAUGAACUUUAAGGUCCCUUCAACCCAAACCAGUCUGUGAUUGCACAGACAAAUAACACCCUAAACACAGUCCUUCCUUUGUUCCAACUGUCUUAAAUGUUUUUGUUUCAUCUUCCACGUGCACUGAACUGAGCAGAUACUUUUUUCUCAUGAAAUACACAUCCUUUGGCGGUCUGUGUAUUUCAUUGAUGUCAGUGGGCUUUGGACCAGACCCAGAAAAGCUGGUUUUAUGAAGACAGAUGCUGCAGGUCACAUAGUUUUAAGUUGGUUUCAGUGAUGCCACAUGACGAGCUACAGGAGCACUACCUGCAUGUAGGAGCACUGUGAUGUGGCCAGAGAUUCCUAAAAUGAUUGUAAGUCUAGGGUCCUACUUUCCUCAUGCAACUAUAUUCACUGAUAUAUCUGCAACAAUACUAAUCUGUUUAUGUCAGCCUGGCUACUGGAGCAGAAACUGUAUUUUCAAGCCAUCACUCUGCUACGAGCUCGAUUGUGUAACGCCUGAUUGGAAAGGAACGUGUGGACUAAAAUGUAUAAGUGAGAAAAUUCUAACAAGUCACUGUAUUUGUUUUAAAAUUAACAUUUCUAGCCACAAAGGUAUUUAUAACCAUGCUUAUUAUAACUGUGCUGACUAACAGCUUUAGAAAAGUCUGGAAAUAAAGAGCUGAUGGACAGCAUUUUAGUAA